UAUCUCUUCCCGCUCUACCUUCACUGUCGGUGUGGAAUGAAGACAAUGGCGAUGCUGCAUACAACGUUCAUUCUCCUCCUCUGCGUGGAACUCGUCGCAGGUGGCGGAGCUGUGUUCACUCGGUGGGGAAAGACAACAUGUCCGUCAGGAAAUGAUGUCAUGUAUAAAGGUUAUGCAGGAGGAAGCCAUUACCAGGCCAAGGGUGGACCAGGGACAACUCUGUGCCUUCCUGAAUCACCGAUCUACGCCAAUCAUUCUACCGCUGGUUCACGCAGUUAUCUUUAUGGAACUGAGUAUCAACUUGAAGAUCCCUCUCUUCCACUACGAAAAAUGUUUCAACAUGAUGUCCCUUGCGUGGUGUGUCGCAGUCGUUGCAUGAAGAGUGCUGUCAUGGUCCCUGCGAGGAAUGAUUGCUUCCCUGAGUGGCAUCUGGAAUACAAGGGGUACCUCUUUGGAGGUUCCACUGAACACACAGCUUCAAGUGAUUAUGUGUGCGUAGAUGGAGACCCAGAAACCAUAAAGGGAGAUGAUCAAAACAAAAACGGACAUCUCUUGUUCCUGGUCGAAUCUACUUGUGGUGCUCUGCCUUGUCCACCAUAUGUAAAUGGCUGGGAGAUGACCUGUGCUGUCUGUACCAAAUAAAACACUCCAUAUAGAC